GCCUAGGUACCGUCCGGUUACCCCUGUCGCUUUUUUCUUAUCGCUAAUCAGAAAAUCUCCCCGCAAUUUGGAGGGGGAAACACGUACGCUAUUAUUGGCUGAAGAGCACAUUCGGAUACGAGCCGAGUGGAAUACAUCAUGGCGUGCUAGCUGUGACCGGCCUGACUUGAAAAGCUUGCUCCUACUUGCCUCCUCAAGAGUGAGCGAGAGAAGAGCCAGUUGGAGUCGAGUUAAGUACGCCGGUAGCAGAGGGUGCAGCUCACCGAGAAAAAGAAGAAUCAUGGAGACCACUUCACCUCCCACCAUGGAAGCACCACAACAGCAGUUCCGAAAGCCAUGGAAGAAGUUCAUCCACAGAACACGCACCCGCCUAUCAACCGUGCACUCCGGGACGCCCUACCUUCGCAGACUGCCUCUGGCCGCCAUCCUGAUCAUCGCCCUCUUGAUCAUCAUCAACCUCGUCGCCUGGGCGAUAUGCGCCCUCGUCCUAACAGCACACACACGACUAUUGUCAACCGCAGCACUAGCCUACACCCUCGGUCUCCGCCACGCCCUGGACGCAGACCACAUUUCUGCCAUCGACCUCAUGACCCGCCGUCUAAUAGCAACAGGCCAACGUCCCGUUACAGUCGGCACAUUCUUCAGUCUCGGCCACAGCACCAUCGUGGUCGUCACGUCCAUCGUCGUCGCUGCCACCGCAGCCGGCGUAUCAAAGCGCUUCAACGGCUUCAGCAACAUAGGUGGGAUCAUAGGGUCAAGUGUCUCCGCCGCCUUUCUGAUCCUCUUGGGUCUAAUGAACGCGUACAUCCUGUACAGACUUGUCCUGCAGAUCCGAAAAGUCAUUCGUCUUCGACCGCACGAAGAGGCCGCUGAGGCGUGGAAGAUCGAAGGGGCAGGGUGUUUGUUCCGCGUGCUGAAGUCGGCAUUUCGUCUCAUUGAUCGUCCCUGGAAAAUGUAUCCCUUAGGUGUGCUGUUUGGGCUGGGCUUCGAUACCAGUUCCGAGAUUGCAUUGUUGGGAAUCAGUAGUAUACAGGGAGCCAAGGGGACGAGUAUGUGGUUGAUAUUGGUAUUCCCGGUGCUCUUUACGGCUGGGAUGUGUCUUGUCGAUACUAUUGACGGGGCGUUGAUGAUGAGUUUGUAUGUCGCGCCUAUGGGCAUGUCCGGCCCUGAUGACAAGAAGCCUCACUCUGAGAGCCAAGGUCAGCGAGAUGAGUCGAUGGAGGCCGAUGUCGAUUUGCCAGCAGAUACAGACAGAAUUACGCCCGAUGUGGAUGGAGUGGUGGACGUUGAGCAACACACUCCUGCACGACCGGACGCCGAACAACCAGCACCACGUGUCAAAGACCCCCUAACAUUCCUGUACUACUCCAUCGUCCUGACGACUCUGACUGUGAUAUGCGCCAUUAUCAUCGGCGUCAUCCAGCUUCUGACCAUGAUCCUCAACGUCGCGACUCCUACCGGCAAAUUCUGGGACGGCGUCGAGACAGCAGGCGACAACUACGAAAUCAUCGGCGGGUCUAUAUGCGCGAGUUUCGUCGUGUUUGGCGGGAUCAGUGUGCUCUGCUACAAGCCCUGGAGACAAUGGGUUGAUAGGGAGAGGCAGCGGCUGUGGGCUGGAGGGUCAGAAGAUGCUGGCGAUGCCAUGCCAGGUUCGUCCUACCGAGACGAAGAGGCGAGAGCGAACAUCAGAGAGAACCUUGUGCUGUCUGAACAUGGUGACGCGGAGGAAUUGAUUGAAGUGCCUGGGAAAACUGGGAAAACUGCACAAGUCAGCGUCAAGGCUUACGACGGCACUGAUGGUAUUGGAGUGCCAGGUGGAAGUGGGAGUCGGCAGGCUGGUCGGAAGAAGAAAAAGUAGACGAGUCCAUGUGAGAUGAUGUCUCAUUAUGUAUAUUGUACUGGGUCUAUACAUGUAGUCGUGCUUGGUGACCGCCAAGUUAACGACAAAAUGCUGGGCUUGUAUGCCAGCUAAGAUAGAUCAUGACACGAUACGGCAUAAUGCUCUAAUGCGAAC